GAGAUGCUGAGGAGGGGAGACAGCCGGAGGAACAACAGGUUUCCGCCGCGGACUGCGGAUGAUUUAACCCGGGGAGAAUCUGCACGAGACCUCCGAGGGAAGCGGAAGAAGAGCCGAUGAAAGGUGCCAAAACCAGCUGACGCUGCAGCCUAAUCUGGUCACCUGGGACUGAACACACACACACACACACACACACACACACACACCACACACACACCACACACACACAUAGAGACACACACACACAAUACACACACACAUACACACACACAGACACACGCAUGCACGCGCGGACGGCCAACAUGGCGUCAGACCCGCCCAUCUUUACAGAGCAGCAGGAGCUGCAGAGGAGAGCCAAUCAGGUCACAGAUGAGUCCCUGGAGAGUACGAGGCGGAUGAUGCAGCUGGUUGAAGAGAGUAAAGACGCCGGGAUCCGAGCCGUGGUCAUGCUGGACGAACAAGGAGAGCAGUUGGAGCGGGUGGAGGAGGGCUUGGAUCAGAUCAACUCUGAUAUGAAGGAGGCCGAGAAAAACCUGACCGACCUGGGCAAGUGCUGUGGCCUCUGCUCCUGUGAUAAACUGAAGGCCUUUGAGGAGAGCGGGGCGUACAAGGCGGUGUGGGGCGGAGGCUCCGGUCAGGAUGGCGUGGUGUCCAAUCAGCCGCCAUCGUCUCGAGUCUUGGAUGAGAGGGAGCAAAUGAUCAUGAGCGGAGGAUAUAUACGGAGGGUGACCAACGAUGCCCGCGAGGACGAGAUGGAGGAGAACCUGAGCCACGUGGGCAGCAUCAUCGGGAACCUGAAGAGCAUGGCGCUGGACAUGGGCAACGAGAUCGACGCGCAGAACGUCCAGAUCGAUCGCAUUCAGGGGAAGGCUCUUCUCAACGUGUCCCGCAUCGACGCUGCCAACCAGAAAGCCAACAGCCUCAUGAAGAGAUAGAAGGAGCCUCUCUUCCGUUCUUACUCUCUUUUUCUACCACUUCAUCCUGCUUGUAAUUACGUUGCCAAAGCUCUGCUGCCGGUUAGUCAGUCUCUGCUUCACAUAGGUCAUUUUUAGAUAAUUAGACACCUCCACCCUCCACAUCUCCACCCUCCACAUCUCCAACCCCCACAUCUCCAACCUCCACACUUCCAACCUCCACCCUCCACACCUCCACCUCCACAUCUCCACACUUCCACACCUCCACCCUGCACACCUCCAACCUCCAGACUUCCACACUUCCACACAUCCACCCUCCACACCUCCACCCUCCACAUCUCCACA